AUGGCCGGCCCCGCUUCCAAGCUCAAGCUCUCUCCUAGGCUGAAGGCGCUCAUCGCUCUGCCCUCGGCGCGCGGUUCAGCGAUCCCAGCCCCACCCCUGGCUAAGACUCGCGCUAUCCUGGACCGCAUCCGCACCGCCGGCGAGGCAGGCGGUGUCGGCCGCGACACCUGGAUCUCGCUGUCCACUGCGACCCUCUUCACCGUCAACUCUCCCGAGUCCAUCUGCCAGCUCUACGACUAUGCCACCGAGGGCAACGAGCUCCCGUCCAACAUCUUGACUGCGGCUAUCAUGCGCGAGACCGGCCUCAAGUGCAUUACGUUUGGAGGAGUGCCCAGGGCAAUCAACAACCUCAAUGCUCUCCGUGCCCACCUUCCCGAGAAUGUCGUUGACGGUCUGUCGAAGAAGCCCGUGAGGGAACCUCACGACAUUCCUGCUCUGUACCAGCGUGGCCGCAACCUCUGGGACGGCAUCUACGAGCCUCACGCGCAGAAGCUCGUUGACAAGCUUGGCGACUCGCACCCCGACAUGCCAGUGCACAUUCUCAACUCUCACUACGGCCCCCUGCUCUCCGACCCUGUUGGCCACGUUGGGGACAACGACUUCCGCCUGGGUCGCCUCCUCACGUCCGUCAUUGCCAUUGCAGCCCUCCGCGCUCAGACUGGUGUUGGACCCCAGGUCACAUCGCACGUCUUUGGCCUCAAGAAGGCCGUCCUCCCUGACGGCGGCGCGGAUGGACGCGAGAUCCAGGGCCAGGACUGGCUCGUGUCAGACGACGGUGUGAGGUGGCUGAUUGAAAGUGUCGACGAGCUCAGUGCCGAGGUGCGUGGCGACAACGUCCAGUAG